AUGAGGAGGUAUGAGGCUGAGGAAGAUGAGAUGAGGAGGUAUGAGGCUGAGGAAGAUGAGAUGAGGAGGUAUGAGGCUGAGGAAGAUGAGAUGAGGAGGUAUGAGGCUGAGGAAGAUGAGUUGAGGAGGUAUGAGGCUGAGGAAGAUGAGAUGAGGAGGUAUGAGGCUGAGGAAGAUGAGAUGAGGAGGUAUGAGGCUGAGGAAGAUGAGAUGAGGAGGUAUGAGGCUGAGGAAGAUGAGAUGAGGAGGUAUGAGGCUGAGGAAGAUGAGAUGAGGAGGUACAGUAUGAGGCUGAGGAGGAUGAGAAGAGGAGGUAUGUGGCUGAGGAAGAUGAGAAGAGGAGGUAUGAGGCUGAGGAAGAAUGAGGCUGAGGAGGAUGAGAAGAGGAGGUAUGUGGCUGAGGAAGAUGAGAAGAGGAGGUAUGAGGCUGAGGAGGAUGAGAUGAGGAGGUAUGUGGCUGAGGAAGAUGAGAUGAGGAGGUACAGUAUGAGGCUGAGGAGGAUGAGAAGAGGAGGUAUGUGGCUGAGGAAGAUGAGAAGAGGAGGUAUGAGGCUGAGGAAGAUGAGAUGAGGAGGCAUCAGGCUGUGAAAUAGGCCUCUCAGAAUACAGAAUAGCAUGAAUGGAUAGAUAGAGCUGUCUGAUAAAUGAGACGGCAGUUUCAUGGGGAACAUAAAGAAACAGGUAUUAGGAUCCCUGUGGAAUCAGUCUAAAAGAGGAGAAAGCAGUCAGUCAUUUGCCUCCAGAUUUACAGUCAGCUGGGUCAGAGAUGGCUUGGCUCCACAUGCUAAGCAGGUAAUCCAGCUAGCUCUCAGAAAUGGAAUACUGUUUCAUAUUGAAGCUACUGUAUAUAUUGAAAUUCAACAUUUCUCAUGUUUUGAGUCACAGUGACAAACAUGAAUUGAGCAUCAUUUCUGUAUUUAUUUUGUGUUAUCACAUGACCUGUAUGGAGAUAUCAAUGUGUGUACACAAUCACACAGCCCAAUGCACAAUUCUAAAAGACAUCAUGUACAUAUACAGAAAACAAUCCUGCAAAGCAAUUGGUAUUUUCUAACUAUUUCAAACAAGGUUCUCCACAGCAUCUGUGAGAAUCAA